GGGGUCGGUGGCGGCUGGUGCGAGAGCGCGACGCGACGCGACCACGGUUUCCUGAGCUCGGCCUGGCCGCCCAGCGCUGCAGCUCGCCCGAGGCCUGAAGGGGUCCGGGCCGCCGUCCAUGGUCGUGGCGUCCUGAGGCGGGGGACGCGCCCGGCGCCCCCAGCCCUCCUCCGCUUCCUCCUGUCGGGCGGGCGGCCUCCUUCGGCGCCUCCUCGCGCUCGCUUGCCGCCCCCCUCCCUCCUUCCCUGCGGCUCCCCCGGCUUUCGGGAGCCCGGGGGCGGCCUGUGGCGCGCCGAGCCCGCGCCGGACUGCGCCUCUUUGGACCUUGAGGGGAAACAUGCGUGUGGCUUGGAUCGUUUUAAAUUCUUAGUUUGGGAUCCCCGCCCGCCUUCCUCUUCCGCCCCGCGGAUUUUCUUUUCUUUUUCCCCCUUUUUUCCUCUCCCGGUCUCCUUUUUGACUCCCUCCCCCUUUAUGCUCGCCCAGCCCUCCACCCGCUGCUGAGAAGUGGGGGAGGGUCUCGGCCUCCAGGUUCCCGCCCCACCGGGGCCCGGGCGAGCAUGGGGGGCAAGCAAAGCACGGCGGCCCGUUCCCGGGGCCCCUUCUCGGGGGUCUCCACCGAUGACAGCGCCGUGCCUCCGCCGGGAGGGGCGCCCCACUUUGGGCACUACCGGGCGGGUGGCGGGGCCAUGGGGCUGCGCAGCCGCUCGGUCAGCUCAGUGGCGGGCAUGGGCAUGGACCCCAGCACGGCCGGAGGGGUACCCUUUGGCCUCUACACCCCCGCCUCCCGGGGGACCGGCGACUCCGAGAGGGCGCCGGGCGGCGGAGGGUCCGCGUCUGAGUCCACCUAUGCCCAUGGCAAUGGUUACCAGGAGACGGGCGGCGGUCACCAUAGAGACGGGAUGCUGUACCUGGGCUCCCGAGCCUCGCUGGCGGAUGCUCUACCUCUGCACAUCGCACCCAGGUGGUUCAGCUCGCACAGUGGUUUCAAGUGCCCCAUUUGCUCCAAGUCUGUGGCUUCUGAUGAAAUGGAAAUGCACUUUAUAAUGUGUCUGAGCAAACCUCGCCUCUCCUACAAUGAUGACGUGCUGACUAAAGACGCGGGUGAGUGUGUGAUCUGCCUGGAGGAGCUGCUUCAGGGAGACACGAUAGCCAGGCUGCCCUGCCUGUGCAUUUAUCACAAAAGCUGCAUAGACUCGUGGUUUGAAGUGAACAGAUCUUGUCCAGAACACCCCGCGGACUGACCCUGCUGGGCUCGCUUGCUGAUUCCUCUCAAAGGCCUCCCGUGUGCUGUUGCCCCUGGGGGCUCUAACCCCUCCAGGCCCUGGCUCUGCAGUCGUCUGGGUCAAACAAGUCCUGAAGCACCUACUCUGCAAAGGCACUGCAGGCCUGUGGGCAUAUGUGAGUCAAGGGACACGCACCCUCAGCAUGCUCAGAGAAAUACUACAGAAAGAGUGUGUGGGUCUAAGCCUGAGCCUUCGAGUCAGACCCGUCUGGAGUGGAGACCCCGGGACUGAUGAUCACCACGGCGGCCAGAACGUGGGCCCUAAACUGUCUGCCUAGGUCUCCUCUACUUGGCGGAAUGGUCUUGAGGAAACGACUUCAUUCGUCUAAUCUUCAGAUUCCUCGCAUGUGAAGUGGGGACAGAAUCACACCGCUCAGAGGUCACUGUGAGAGAGAGUCUGUUCCUGCCACAUGCAUAUCAGGCUCCCUUGUAGCUUCAUCACAGCAAAGAGCACUGUUCUAUUCACAGCACCUCUUCUGCCUGGCAACUGUGUCUCCCUGUUCUAUAUUUAAUUCCUCCAGCAAAGCUGGCCCUGAAGGAGAUCUCCUUGCCUGACCCCCUGGGCCUGCAGGCGGAGGCCUGUGUGCCCACCUCGGUUGCUCAGGCCUGGCCUUAGCAGCGCUCUGGGUGAGCGGAGUGGUCGUGAGCCAGGCAAGGCAGGGCUAGAGCCCACGCUGGGUGCUAUUCCAGGCUCCUGGGGCUGGUGCUUACCCCCCUCCCCGCCCCCAGUGACUUUUUCUCCCACCCUGCACACUGCAGCCCUCUGCUGGCUACUGUGUCCUCCAAGUUGAGACCUAGAUGCCAGGGGUAGGGGUUGGACAAGGGUGUCAGGGCUUCCCAAGUGGAACUGGUAUCUUAUCCUCCAUCCAGGCAGCUCUGAGCUUGGAGGAGGAGAGAUCAGCAGGAGUUGGGAGGUAGGUUCUACCCACUCCCUCUACUGAGGGCCCAGCACUGGGGGACUUCCUGGACAGGAGCACCUCACUAAUAUCCAGUAGCAUUUAAUGAUGUUGAGGUUUUUUUAGGAGAAUGUCCUUAUUCUUAGGAGACAGAUGUUGAAUUAUAUAGAUGAAUGAUGUCAACAAAUGUGUAACAAUUCCAAAUGGUUCCCCUAAAAUACAGCAAAUAACACAAAAAUAUUCAUUGUUGAAUCGUUCAGUGGCUGGUAUGUGAACUGUGUGCUUGUUCUUAAACUCUUCUGUAUGUUUGGAAUUUUUCCUAAUAAAAAAGUGUGAGGAAAUGGC